AUGCCGAUCCCUUCACUGCCCCUCUUUGCUGCAGCGGAGCAGCAUGCACAGAACCCCGGGAAGAUCGCCGUCAUUGACACCACCAAACAACAAUCCUUCACAUUCGUUCAAUUGCUGGCUGAUGCAGCAGCAUUAAGAAAGCGCAUAAUUGAGCAAUUGGGAUUGGCAGGGGAUUUGGAAGAACGACGCAUUGCCUUCUUGGUUCCGAAUGGAUAUGACUACGUUGCUACGCAAUGGGCCGUGUGGGCAGCGGGAGGUGUCUGCGUUCCACUUUGCACAAGUCACCCAGUGAAGGAAUUGUUAUACACCAUCGGCGAUUCGGACCCCUCAUUGAUUAUUGUGCACCCACAUUUCGAGAAGAUCGCACCGUCGCUGCGCGAAGGAUGCGCCGCCAAUACACCAUUCAUGGGGCUGGAGCCAUUCUCUCGAAAUGAUGCCCCAACCUUGCCUUCUUUCUCCCCACCAUUUGCGCUCACUCGCCGCGCCCUGAUGAUCUAUACUUCUGGAACCACAUCAAACCCCAAGGGCUGCGUGACGACACACGAGAAUAUCACUUUCCAAGCAAGCUGUCUAGCCAAAGCCUGGGAGUACUCUCCCUCAGACUGUCUUGUUCACGUGCUGCCGCUCCAUCACGUCCACGGUAUCAUUAAUGGCCUGGCUGCUAGUUUUCUGAGCGGUACCACGGUAGAAAUGCAUCCGAAGUUUGAUCCGAAGGUGAUAUGGGAGCGGUGGCAGGACCAUGGCUCCUCGACCUUGUUCAUGGCUGUACCAACCAUUUACUCCCGUCUGAAUGACUACUUCGAUGCUCAUAUCCGCGGUACAGAACAAGAAGAUGCUGCACGGGCUGGAGCUCGUGCUUUACGUCUGGUCGUCAGUGGAUCGGCGGCCCUUCCCACCCCCAUCAAAGAAAAAUUCGCCGAAAUUACUGGCCAGGUUCUGCUGGAGCGGUAUGGAAUGACCGAGAUCGGCAUGGCGCUUAGUUGUGGCCUGGAGAUUCAAAAGCGAAUCGAUGGCAGUGUGGGGUGGCCGCUGCCUGGCGUUGAGGUCCGACUGACCGAAAAAGAAACUGGUCGGAUUGUGGAUGAAGUAGAUGAAGACGGCAUGAUCGAGAUCAAGGGUGGGAAUGUCUUCUGCGAGUACUGGCGGAAACCAGAAGCGACAGCCUCGGAAUUCACAGCGGAUGGAUGGUUCAAGACCGGCGAUGUUGCCAAACGCGAUUCAAACGGUGCAUACUUCAUCCAAGGCCGUGCUUCUGUCGACCUGAUCAAAUCCGGUGGAUACAAGGUUUCGGCAUUGGAAGUUGAGCGCAAGAUGCUGGCUAUUCAUGCAAUUCAAGAAGUUGCAGUGGUCGGAUUGGCCGAUCAAGAAUGGGGCCAACGAGUUGCUGCAAUUGUCAAGUUCCGAGAAGGGAUUACACCGCUCGAUCUUCCUACCCUACGCGCUGAGCUCAAGAACGAGAUGGCUCCUUAUAAGAUCCCAACCAUUCUAAAAGUUGUGGAUGGGAUCGAGCGCAAUGCCAUGGGCAAGGUCAACAAGAAAAUCAUUGUACAAAACAUGGCUACUUCAGAAAAACACGAUGUACGCACUGGCGAGAGCGAUACCAGUGGUUCUUCAAGUAUUAAUGAAAUCAACGAGAAGGCCUUGUUGCGGAAAUUGGACUAUCGUCUUUUGCCACCCCUCACGUUACUCUAUUUACUCUCCUUUUUGGAUCGCAGCAACGUGGGAAAUGCCCGUCUAGAAGGAAUGACAACGGACAUUAACAUGUGUCUGACUCUAUACUUUAUCGGCUAUGUUCUUUUUGAGAUUCCUUGCAAUAUCAUCUUGAGGAAAACCACCCCGAGAAUGUGGCUUCCAACUCUCACUCUUGUCUGGGGAGUAGUCGCUACUCUCCUAGGAGUGGUACAGAAUUACUCUGGAUAUUUGUCUUCAAGAUUCUUCUUGGGCGUUGCAGAGAGCGGCUUGUUCCCUGGUGUGGUUUUUUACCUGUCGAUGUGGUAUAAGCGGAACGAGCAGCAUUAUCGCGUGGCUCUGUUUUUCAGUGCUGCAUCGCUGGCAGGAGCCUUUGGUGGCAUCUUGGCUUGGGCAAUUUCUCAUAUGAAAGGAGUGGGAAACUUGAAUGGUUGGAGGUGGAUCUUCAUUCUAGAAGGGCUGUUGACCAUUGCCGUUUCAAUCGUUGCGUAUUUCUGGGUGUACAACUACCCAUCAACAGCUGAAUUUCUAUCAAAAGAGGAACGGGAGUUCGUCCAAUUGCGUCUGAAGAAUGACAGCGAUGCCACUCGGGACGAGGAAUUUUCCUGGUCAGCAGUACUGGAUGCAUUCAAAGAUCCCAAAGUCUGGUUAUAUGGACUUGGGUUCCACACAAUGUCCUUGCCAUUGUAUACUUUAUCGCUCUUCCUUCCAACCAUCAUCAAAGAACUCGGAUACUCAGCUGCAAAAGCCCAGCUGCUUUCCGUGCCUCCGUACGCAGUGGCGUUCUUCAUGACUAUUGGGGUUGCGAUUGCUUCUGAGAAGACUAGGAGUCGCGCUCCAUUUAUCAUGGGAUCAUCUGCCAUUGGAUGCGUCGGAUACAUUCUGCUGCUAUCACAGCACCGUGCUGGUGUGUCUUAUGUCGGAACCAUCUUCGCUGCGGCAGGGAUUUACCCAGCUGUGGCCAUUGUGCUGUCUUGGCCUGCCAAUAACGUGUCUGGCCAGACCAAACGUUGCAUUGCCAACGCCAUGCAGAUCUCAAUUGGCAAUCUGGGUGCCGUCCUUGGAACACAGUUAUACCGCACUAAGAGCAGCCCACGGUACUUCCUAGGUCAUGGGUUUGCUUUGGGAUAUCUAGUUGCCAACAUUCUAGUAGUUGGGAUCCUAUGGGAGUUUCUCCGACGGGAAAAUACUGAAAAGAAGCGUCUUAGGGAAGUCCAGGGACUGAGCCCGUUGAUGGGAGAUGUGGGUGAUGUGGAAGAAUUCCAAGGAGACAAGGAUCCUCGUUGGAUAUUUCAAACGUGA